AUGGUUAUGGUGUCGAAAUGUAAUCAUGUUUACGAAGCACCUUGUAUGCUUGGACAUAACAAGUUGAAAGGAAAAAAGGUCACUAACACAAACCAGAAUACGAACACAUUGCGGCCAGUCGAAGGUAGGUACGAAACAUGUUUAGAUCUAACGACAGUAAUGGUUAUUGCCGUUACAGUUGAAAUCGCCAAGAUUUCUAGUGGGAAGGCAGACUUUAUAUCUCUUGUCGACGGAGCGUCGUCCACAACCAAACAUGUUGGCAUUCAAGUAGUCUCGAGUACUAAGCAUAUGGCCUCCCGGAAGCUGGGUCAUCACCAUAAGCACCACCAAGAAUAUUACAGCAACGGAAUGACAUUGACGUUGAGCCAUCUUCGAUACACACCAGCUCGAUCCUUUGUUGCCGUAUGCUCAUCUGAUCGAGAGCUAGCUAGCUCAGUGCUUAUGAAAAUUGAGUGGUGCUGGUGCUGUGAGAAAUUUCAAAAUCUUAUCAUUGCAGAUAACUUCACGAGACAAAUACCCACUUGGAUCCGAUAA